AUGGCAGACGUCUCGACAGCAGCAGUGACCCUUUCCGAUGGUCACAACAUGCCUCUGCUUGGCCUGGGCACAUGGAAGUCCAAGCCACAGCAGGUCUGCAAGGCCGUAGAGGCGGCUAUCGAGGCGGGGUAUCGACACGUAGAUGGAGCCUACGUCUACCAAAAUGAGGAUGAGGUUGGGGCGGGUGUGCGUGCCUGCAUUGCCAAGGGCAUCGCCUCCCGAGACCAGCUAUUCAUUGUCAGCAAGCUCUGGGGCAAGUUUCAUGCCCCUGCCGAUGUGAAGAAGAGUUUUAUGAAGACACUGACCGACCUGGGGCUUGAUUACCUGGACCUCUAUCUCAUGCAUUCCCCCAUGGGCUAUCAGAACGUGGGAGAGGAAUUAUUUCCCGCAAAGGACGGCAGGUUUCUCUUCUCGGACGUUGAUUACCUGGACACCUGGAAGGCAAUGGAGGAGCUGGUGAAAGAAGGUCUGGUCAAGUCCCUUGGCGUCUCCAACUUCAACAUCCCCCAGCUCAAACGACUGCUGUCCUCUGCUUCGAUCAAGCCUGUCGUCAAUCAGGUGGAGCUGCAUCCAUACAAUGCACAACCAAAGCUGGUCCAGUUUUGCAAGUCACAGGGCAUAGUGCUCACGGCUUACAGCCCCUUUGGCUCACCCGACCGUCCCAGCUCAAACGACAACGUGAAACUCGACAAAGAUCCUGGAAAUCUUCUGCAAGAUCCAGUGGUUGCCGACAUCGCUAAGAAGCAUGGCAAGAGCAGUGGGCAGAUACUGCUCCGUUACCAUAUUGAGAACAAUAUCGUCGUGAUUCCAAAGAGCGUCACACCAGCCAACAUUAUCCAAAACAGCAAGGUCUUUGACUUCUCUCUGGACGAAGAGGACUUGAUCAAGCUGGCGCAGCUAGACCGAGGAUGGUCUUUGUCCAAUUCGCUCUUCAGCAA